CUACGACACACACACGCGCCAGUCUACCGUCAUAACAAGAUGGCAGCCUCCUUGAGCCGGUUGCACCACAUUUCACUUCACGUUACAAACGUGGAUAAAAUAGCGCAUGAACUUGUUUCUAAAUUUAAGUUUAAUUUAUUUGUUGCGAGGUUGACGGAGAAGUCAAAACAGUUGGCUUUCAGGAAAGGAGCGGCAGUUUUCGUCGUCAAUGAAAGACCAUUGAAUGGAGUAACACUAUCGAGCAAGAGCAACAUUCAAACCGGGAUAAAGAACGACAAGGAUCCGCAAUGUCUCUACGAUGUCAACCCGCACUAUUCCGUCGACACCGCGUCUAACGUCUGUUUCGAAGUAGAAAACGUGGAAAGAUCAUUCAAGUCCCUUCGCAACAUUGGCUGCGAUUUCUUGGUGCCUCCGACAGAGGUGUGUGACGAGAAAGGGAUUGUCACCUAUUCAGUCGUCAAAUCAAUCGUGGGAAAUGUGAACCACACGCUCAUUGACACGAGUAAAUACAAGGGGAGUUUCUUACCCGGGUUUCAGGAGGUUGAAAACGUGACGGAAAACGGCACACCGGUGUCUGAGAGGACAGAGUCUUCUUGUCCAGUCACUCAUUUUGAUCACAUCACCUAUGCUUGUCCGAGACGGUGCACACCGCAAGUGAUGAGCUGGUAUGAGAGGCACUUUGGCUUCCACAGGUUCUUCAUUGACAGUAAUGAGGAUGUGGAUGAGGGCUAUGUUCUGAACACGGAGGGCAUUGGACUGCGUCUCACAGCCAUGGAGUACUGGAAAUGCAGCCAAACCGGAAUCAAGCUUCCCUUCACAGAUGACAAACAACCGGACUGCAAGUUUGUCAUUGCGGAGUCGCUGCCUGACCAAGGCAGUAACCAGGUGGACACCUUUCUGGAGCAGCACGGAGGCCCAGGGAUCCAGCACAUUGGAUUGUACACACAGGACAUCGUGUCCACAGCACAGACCAUGGGCCGGGCAGGAGUCCACUUCUUCUCUCCUCCUCCUGCCUACUACACCAAGGUUUGUCUCACUCCGUCACCAUGGCACCCAAUGGCUCAUCCCCAAACGGAACCCCUAGAGGAUUUGAUUGGUAUAAGCAAUAUGGUGGGUAAGCAGCAGGAGAUAGAGGACGCAGGUUACGACCCCCAGAUGCUGUCUCAGCACAGCAUCCUCCUGGACACAGACCUGCGCCAGGUCCAGACUGACCCCUCCUGUCAGACUACGGACACGCAGAAGAAAAGAUACCUGCUCCAGGUGUUCACCAAGCCCAUCUUCUCAGAGGACACCUUCUUCCUGGAGCUAAUUGAGAGGAGAGGUGCGUCAGGGUUCGGAGAGGGGAACAUCAAAGCUCUGUGGAGGUCUGUCCAGGCAAACAUGGACACAGAGAGGGCAGACUGAGGAACAAGGAGAGAACACGACUCCCAGAACAUAACCCCAGAACCGAAGCACUGCCACAGCGCCUAACAUUUUACAGCGAACACUGCAGCGAACUCCUUCCUCCGCUACUCUUUCAUCUGUGUGAGGCUAAAAUACACAGAGUUUCCCGGGGAAGCUGUGGAGCGCCGAGGAAGCUGUGGAGCGCCGGGGAAGCUGUGGAGCGCCGGGGAAGCUGUGGAGCGCCGGGGAAGCUGUGGA